AUGGAAUCGAACUUUGAACCUGAUUCUAGUCGAAAUAGCAGUUUUAGUGUCAAAGAUCCUCUUGGAAGAACUCCACUGCAAGUCGGAAUCGAAGUAACUAUCGCAGUUUUGAUAUGUCUCGCUUGUAUUGCUGGGAAUGUAACCGUUGUGAUCGCCAUUCACAAAACUCCACGCCUUAAAACAGUCACCAACAUGUUGGUCGAGAACCUUGCAUGGACCGACAUCUCCAUGGCAACACUGCAUCUUCCAUUUUGGAUUAUGAGCAUGAGCAGUGGUCGCUGGCUAUUAAGUGACGUGGCUUGUAAGAUCGUUGGGUUCUCUGAGCUGGUGUUUGGUGUAGCCUCGCUUCAAACGAUGGCCGGAAUCGCGUUAAACCGCUAUUUCAGCAUUGUCCGUAGAAACGUAUUCAUGAAGUAUUUCUCGGAUCGUAAAGUAACCCUUAAAAUAAUCAUUAUUUCGUGGGUAUUGCCUAUAGUUGUAUGUAGCCCUCCUGUAUAUGGCUGGGGAACUAUAGAGUUCAGCGAGAAAUUCACCGAUUGCACAAUGGGAUGGAGUAUCCCAGAUAUUUCCUACAUCUCCUUUUUACUGUCAGUUUCGAUUGUUAUACCAAUGAUGGUUAUUAUUUGCUGUUACUUUGCGAUUUUUCGGUUUGUAAGAAGAAGCUCUCGUCAGAUUCAAAACCACUUACAGGAAGAAAGUCACAGGCAACAGAAGAACAAUGCACCGUCAGUCAAGAAAGAAACGAAGGUUGUUAAAGUUUUCGUUGCGGUUGUAUUUGUGUACGUUUCAUGCUGGACACCAGUUUGUAUUGUAGGUUUUUGUGAGAUAAUAGAGUAUUCAGCGCCACGUUGGGUUUAUAUUGUCGUGUAUUACAUGAUGUUUUCUAGUAGUUUUUGUAAUCCUUUAAUCUAUGGGUUGUUUAACCCGCAGUUUAGAAACGCUUUUAAGAAAUUGUAUAACAAAGAUGCGUCUGGGAAUGAUAGU